ACCAAUCUAAUUAACGCUUCUGAAAUAACUGAGAAGAAAAGUUUCCAAUUUUUUAGUUUAUGUAAAUGCGAUGGAAGGAAACAGAAGCGUCUAUUGUUGAAAUAUGAGCUUGAGAAGCAAAAGUUUAAAUGCAAAGUCUUUAGAAAUGUAUGCAAUUGGGAAAUGCUUAUCGGGCUUGGUUUUGGUUUUGUGACAUUUCAAUCGGAAGAUGUAGUAGAUAAAGUUUGUGAAAUUCACUUCCAUGAAAUAAAUAAUAAAAUGCGAAGCAAUGCAAUUUUGUUUGCUGUCAUUUCCACAUUUCAAACCUGUCAUUCUUUCGUUGCUGUGAGCUUUGUGGAGUUGUGUGAUAAGAAAGACUGUCGUCUUUCAGUCGACAAACAGCUUACACAACUAAUGGCAGCAUCACAUCAAGAUGAAGGGGAAAAAAGUGAAUCAAUUAGAUAA